AUGUCGUUCGGAACUCUUUACACACGUCCAUUCAAUCCGCGCACGCCAGCCAUCUUAGCAGUUGCAAAGUCGUACGGCUUGGACUUGGCCACCAAGACCAUCGUUUCUGCAGAAGACGCAAGCGACGAAUAUCUGGACCUGAACCCACUUGGGAAGAUUCCUACCUUAGUGGCAGCUAAUGGAUUUGUCGUCUCCGAAUGCAUUGCCGUCGCUCUCUAUGUGGCUUCGCAGAAGGACGACAGCACAUUGCUCGGCGAUAGCAAGGAAGACUACGCUUCUAUAGUGCGAUGGAUAUCAUUUGCAAACAUGGAGAUUCUCUUGCAUCUCGGUGGAUGGUUCAACCCAAUCAUUGGCCGAAGACCCUUCGUGCAAGCAGAAGUCGAUGAGAGCAUGAAGCAAACGAACAAACGAAUGGACAUAUUGGAAAAGCACCUCGAAGGACGCACGUAUCUAGUUGGAGAUCGUCUCAGCUUAGCAGACAUGUUUGUGACAGGUGUCGUUGCUGGAGGCUUCAUGUUCUUCUUUGAUCAAGCCUGGCGGGAAAGUCAUCCGAAUGUGACGCGGUGGUUCCUCAACGUUUACGAGCAGCCAAUUUACGCUGGAGUAGCAGGCAAAGCAAUAUUGGUAGAGAAAGCAAGGCCGAAUGCACCACCUCGACCAAGACAGGCUGAGGAAGCGCCUCGCUCAGCAGCUCAAGAGACAAACCGGUCGAUUGGCGUUUCAGCAUAG